UAUCGAUAUAAAGGGCCUCUUAGUGUGGACGGGUGCAGCGUUAAAUCGGUUUAACGCUCCUAAAAUCGGUUUAAACACGUACUGUAGACCAGGCCUGUCUCACGGGCCCGGCCGCCGCUCCGCGGGAGGUGCUGCGAGGUGCAGAGGUGUUAGCCUCCCGCUCUCUGGUUACCUGGUGGGCUGGGGGACACCGUGCCGGGGGAAGAUCCGUGUCCGUCAGCGGACGAGAGUGGUUAGGUGGGAGAGUGUUUGUCCUGUUCGCAGCGUGGGCCCAGCUGCUGCAGGGCUCUCUAAGCCACCAGGUUAUUGUCGGCACCUUGAAAGACUCAAAUUGGCAAUGUGAAAGCUAUUUGGUGCCCCCUCCCUGCCCUUUUAAUAAUUUUGCAAACGGCCAGUAGGUGGAGGCAGAAGCCUCCAAAAACCUCACCUACACAGUACCCUGAACUUUUCAACUAGCUUUUCUCUUCUGCCACAAAGCAGCUAAAUCGUGCUCCAAGCCAGUUUUCCCUGACCAGAUAACGGUUUCACGGGGUCCGGUAACCACCAAUGAAGCGUUAACACGGCAUGGUCUUUGUCUGAAAGUGUAUAAAAAGCUUGUGAAACUUGUGUGCAGUAGAGUCUUCUGUAUCUAUUACAGAGCUCUCAUUUCUUCUGCAGAAUAAAGCAUUUUUCCUUAUCCCUGUCAGGCUGUUAUUGGCUCUCAGCUAGGCAGACCCGAUAUUUCGGUAACAGCAACAUAACAUCCCUUUGACGCCCAAAUGAAAUUCAGGCCUGGGGUUAGGUAAAUGAAAGAAAUGCUGCUAAUGUGCGUCCUUUCUCUCUCCUUGUUUUAGUGGCCUGGGGUGAAGGAAACAGUUGGCCUCAAGGGAACCUGCUGCCAGCAGCAAAGUCUUUCCUAGGCCAUGGUCCUGCACAAAAGGAACACCAGACAGCUUUGCAUCCAUUAAAAAAAAUUAUUUAUCCAUACAGGCAAGGGCACUGGAGGCCACUUUUUUAUUGACUAUGUUCUCUUCUUUGAAUUAGUUCCUAGGUGUGGUUAAGGAUUAUAACGCACCAGAAAUAAAUCAGUGGGACUGAAAGGUUUUUAUAUUUAUGUUAAUGAAGUCAUCCUUUCCCCACCCUUACUUUUUCAAUCUUUGGGGGUGGGAGGUGCGAGGGCAGUUUCCCAGAAUGAACCUGAAAGGAACUUGUAAUCAUUGUGUUAAUUUGUAUAAAUGCUAACUUAGUUUUUAGACUCCUCUUUCUAGAUAAAGACAUUCAAAGAAGUAAGAGAGGCUAAAUUGCUAUUAAUGUACUGAUAGUAUCCAGGAAGAUACCAGUGACUGUACCACAUCAGCAUUCACAAUGUGAUGACUGUGACAUCAGUAUAUAUACUUGAAAACUAAUCUAAUUAAAGAAGCUGAUAUCAGAAAGGACUAGAAAGAGUGUAUGUUUGUGUGUGCUUGUUUGUAAAAGAGUGCAGGAUACCAUGGCAGAGACUUCAGUGGAUCCCUCAUCUUUACCUGUAAUAAAGAAAAAGAAAAGUUUAUCCAUUGAGGAAAAAAUUGACAUAAUAAGUGCUGUGGAAAGUGGCAAGAAAAAAGCAGACAUUGCAGCAAAAUAUGGCAUAAAGAAAAAUUCAUUGUCUUCAAUUAUGAAGAAUAAAGAUAAAGUUCUAGAAGCCUUUGAGUCCUUACGAUUUGAUCCUAAAAGAAAAAGACUAAGAACAGCUUUUUAUACAGAUCUGGAAGAGGCAUUAAUGAAGUGGUACAGAAUUGCUCAGUGCUUGAAUGUACCGGUAAAUGGCCCAAUGUUGCGUUUCAAAGCUAAUGAUUUUGCUCAGAAACUUGGACAUAGUGAUUUUAAGUGCAGUAACGGCUGGCUUGAUCGUUUUAAAUCAAGAUAUGGUUUAGUAUUCAGAUCUAAGUCUAUAGAACCUGUGGCUACUACAGCAGAUACUUUAACUGUUUGGUACCAAAAUGUUCUUCCUUAUUAUUUAAAUGAUUAUCAGCCAAAAAAUGUGUUUAAUGUAAAGGAGACUGGAUUGUUUUAUCGAAUGUUACCUAAUAAUACAUUUGCAUUUAAAGGGGAAACUUGUUCUGUUGGCAAACUAAGCAGAGAGAGAAUAACUGUAAUGGUUGGUACAAAUAUGGAUGGCUCUGAGAAACUUCCUUUGCUUGUUAUUGGCAAAAAUAAAAAUCCGCACUGCUUUAAAGAUGUAAAGUCACUGCCUGUGGAUUAUGAGGCAAACAAUAUGGCAUGGAUGACCUCAGAAGUGUUUGAACAAUGGAUGCGUAAACUUGAUGAGAGAUUUCAAGCACAGCAGCGGCGAGUAGUAUUUUUUGUUGACUCUUUCCCAGCUCAUCCAGAGGUAAAGAAUCUAAAGUCUAUUGAACUGGUGUUCUUUCCUCCAUGCUCAUCAUCCAAAUUUAUAGCUAUGAAACAGGGAGUUAUAAAAAGUCUGAAAGUCAAAUACAGGCAUCGUCUUAUCAAGAGAUUUGUAGACUGUGUAGAAGGUAGUAAAGAGUUUACAUUGACUCUACUUGAUGCAGUUGAUAUGUUGCACCUAUGCUGGAGGAAUGUAACUCCAGAGACUGUUGUUAAAAGUUAUGAAGAAGCAGGAUUCAAAUCACAAACAGGGGAAAAUGAUGACACAGACAGAGAAAUUGAAAGUGGUUUAGAUUUGAUUGCACAUGCAUUGGCAGCUGGGGUAGAGUUUCCAGAAGGCUUAUCUUUGGAGGAAUAUGCAGCUUUGGAUGAUGAUUUGGUAACAUGUGAAAUGCCCACAAAUAAUGAAACGAUAUGGACCAAAGAAAGCACUUCGGUUAAAACUGAUUUGUUUGUUUAUGAUGAAGAGGAAGAUGAAGGUGAUGGAUCUCCAGGAAUUGAACAGCCUUUGCCAUCAAAAAAUGAGGCUCUAACUGCUUUAGAUACUCUUCGAAGGUUUCUCAGAAGUCAAGACAUGAAUGAUUCUCUUCAUAAUUCCCUAGCAGAUCUAGAUAAUUUUAUUCAGCAUGUCGCAUCUAAAUGAGGGUUUAUCCAAGUAUGAAAGCAUUUAAA